AUGGCGCGCGUUCAACAGAUUAUCUUGUUCGGUGAUCAAACCGAGGACUUCGGUUCACUCAGACGUCUUCUCUCCCCCAACCGCGCACCUCUCCUAGAAACAUUCCUCAACAAUGCCGUACGCGGACUUCGAUCAGAAAUAGCUUCCCUGCCACUCCAGGACCGCCAGCAGUAUCCCUAUUUCCCCACAGUGGCCAGUCUCCUGGAUUGGAGGUCCCGCCAACAGAAGGCCUACCCAGCCAUAGACAGUGCCUUGACUUGCAUUAACCAGCUGGCGCAAUUUAUCGAGCAAGUCCCUCCUUUGUCUUCGAAGCUAGCUCAAAGCACUACCACCACCUACAUCAACACCUCAAAUACCAUCAUUGGUGGCUUGUGCCUCGGCUCAUUGUCUGCCGCUGCCGUGAGUUGUUGCCAGGUGAUUUCUCAGCUGCCUGAUCUGGGAACGCAGACCAUCCGAGUGGCUUUUCGGACAGGUCUGCACGUCUCGCGGGUUGGACGCACCAUUGAUCAAUCUACCACCGAGUCAUGGUCUUUGGUGGUGGCCACCCGCUCCCCAGACGAUAUAUUGCAUCGCAUUGAUCGGUUCACUGAAACCCAGCAUCUACCACUCCAUGCUCGACCUUACAUCAGUGCUUAUCUGCCACACGCUGUUACCAUCAGCGGCCCCCCUACUAGCUUAGCAAGUCUGCAGAAGUCGGCAGAAUUUGCUAAUCUUUCUCCACGAACCAUCCCGAUCUUUGGUCCCUAUCAUUCGGCUUCUCUCUUCACUCCGAAUGACUCUGAUGCCAUUUUGGAGGGCAUCUUCCCCACUGAAGACACGAGAAUCUCUGCCAAUGUCUCAUUCAUCUCUAGUACAAGCGGCCGACCUGUGCAAGAAACAGAUGUUCGAUCUCGAUUCGGAUCCGCUCUAGCUCAAAUCCUCUUGGAGACUAUGCGCUGGCAGAGUCUUGUGAAUGGAAUGAUCGCGGCUCUUCCUGCGUCUGAUUCCCCUGAUGCUCCACAGUUCCACGUCCAGGCAUUUGGAAGUACCGCUGGGGCUCGGUUGGCCGAGGCCAUCGAAUCUGCAACCAGUCUUACCCGUCAUCAACCUUCUCCUAAACCCAGCAUGAAGCCAGAGCCCACUGGGCUGCCUGACUCUUCCAAGAUUGCGAUCAUUGGCUACUCUGGUCGAUACCCUCACGCCGAGUGCAACGAAGAGUUUUGGGAUCUGCUCAUUCGAGGCCUUGAUGUGCAUGAGGUUGUGCCAGCUUUGCACUGGGAUGCACGAACCCACGUCGCCGAGCCAGGACAGGCACGGAAGAAUACUAGUGCUACGCCUUUCGGAUGCUGGCUGCAAAAUCCAGCGGCGUUUGAUGCUCGUUUCUUCAAUCUCUCUCCCCGUGAAGCACCCCAGGUGGACCCGGCUCAGCGCAUUGCCCUCAUGACGGCGUACGAGGCUAUGGAGCGUGCAGGAAUGGUACCAAACGCGACUCCAUCCACAGCCAAGGAUCGUGUUGGUGUUUGGUAUGGUGUCACAUCCAACGACUGGAUGGAGACCAAUACCGCGCAAAACAUUGACACCUACUUCAUUCCCGGUGGUAACCGCGCCUUCAUCCCAGGUCGCCUCAACUACUGUUUCAAAUUCAGUGGUCCUAGCUACGCAGUUGAUACAGCUUGUUCAUCUAGUUUGGCCGCCAUUCAUCUCGCCUGUAAUGCUUUGUGGCGUGGCGAGGUUGACACAGCCAUCGCUGGCGGUACGAAUGUUCUGACCAACCCCGACUUCACGGCUGGCCUCGACCGAGGCCACUUUUUGUCCCGGACCGGUAACUGCAAGACUUUCGACGACACCGCUGACGGAUACUGUCGUGGAGAGGGUGUUGGGACCGUGAUUUUGAAGCGUCUGGACGAUGCCCUGGCCGACCACGAUCCAAUCUGCGGAGUAAUCUUGAGCGCAUCUACCAACCACUCCGCUGAGGCUGAGUCCAUCACUCGUCCUCACUCCGGGGCUCAGCAGGAGCUCAUUCAGAGCUUGCUCCGCACGGCCGGAGUGUCGCCCUACAGCGUUAGCUAUGCCGAAAUGCACGGCACGGGAACACAGGCUGGUGAUGCUGGCGAAAUGAACUCCGUCUUGUCGACUUUGGCUCCACCUUCUGUGCCAUAUCGGACAGAGGAUCAGCCAUUGUAUCUCGGCUCAGCAAAGGCAAACAUCGGCCACGGAGAGGCCGCCUCUGGUGUCUCGAGUUUGAUCAAGGUAAUGCUGAUGAUGGAGAACAACGCCAUUGCUCCUCACUGUGGCAUCAAAACCCGAAUCAAUCGGAAAUUCCCGACCGAUCUAGACGACCGCAAUGUCCGCAUCGCGAAAGAGGCCAUACCCUGGACCCAACAACAGGGUGAGCCUCGUCGAGUCCUUCUGAACAACUUCAGUGCUGCCGGUGGUAACACUGCGUUGCUAUUGGAAGACGCACCGCCAGUGGUGAAGAAUGAGGAAUCCGAAGAUCCUCGAACUUACCACCUGCUAGCAGUUUCCGCCAAAUGUGCAUCUUCUCUCGAAGCAAAUGUCAAGUCACUUCUGGGGUACAUUGAAGCUGCUGGCGAAGAAACCCCUUUGUCGCACCUCUCCUACACGACAACUGCUCGUCGCAUGCAUCACCCACACCGCGUCAUUGUGCAGGGCACCAACAUGGUCGAAAUUCAACAGCAACUGACAUCAGCUCUUUCGCGCGGCGAUGGAGCUAAUCGACCUCCUGUGGCGCCAAAGGUAGUCAUGGCAUUUACUGGACAAGGAAGUCAAUUUGUGGGUAUGGCGCGACAGCUGUACGGAUCUCUGCCGCCAUUCCGUGCUAGUCUGCAGCUCCUUGACCGCAUUGCUCAAUCACUGGGCUUUGAAAGCUUCCUGCCAUUCAUCGAGGAUGAUUCCGACUCCAACUUGAAGCGAUUCUCGCCAAUGACAGCACAGCUAGCGAGCGUUUGCCUUCAAAUUGCUCUGGCACGGCUGUGGGCAUCAUUUGGAGUCAUUCCCGAUGCAGUGGUUGGUCACAGCCUGGGCGAGUAUGCUGCUUUGAAUGUGGCGGGUGUUCUGUCGGACGCUGAUACUGUGUUCUUGGUUGGCAAGCGAGCGCAGCUCCUUGAGGAGCAUUGUACUCUGCACACGCACAGCAUGCUGGUGGCUCGCGCCUCCGUUGAGACCAUCCAAUCAACCUUGGCUGGCAUGGAGUACGAGAUAGCAUGCAUCAAUGCACCCGAAGAGACGGUCUUGGCUGGACCCAAUGACCAGAUUGAGGCUCUCCAACAAACCCUAUCACAAUCCGGUGUGCGCUCUAAGACAAUCCCUGUCUCAUACGCCUACCACUCCUCCCAGGUGCAGCCUAUUCUGGAUGAUUUGGUACAAGCAGCUCAGCCCGUCGUGUUCAAUGCACCCUCCAUCCCUGUCUUGUCGCCGUUGCUGGGAGAUGUCGUCCAAACGGAUGGAGUGUUUGGACCGGAAUACCUGCAGCGCCACUGCCGGGAGACAGUCAACUUCCACCAAGCAAUGCAGUCUGCACGAGCUGCCGGCACCAUCUCCGAGAAGACUCAGUACCUCGAAGUCGGUCCUCAUGGAGUCGUCGCCGGACUGAUCAAGGCCUGCUCGAAGGGAUCACAGACAAGCGCUGUCCCAACCCUGCAACGAGGCCGCGAUGACUGGGAAAGCUUGGGCGAGGCGUUGUCAAGCUUGUAUCGGGCUGGACGCGACAUCGCCUGGCAUGAAUUCCAUAGACCUUUCCCGGCCGCUCAGCAAGUCCUUCGCCUGCCCGCUUACAACUGGAAUCUGAAAGACUACUGGAUCCAGUAUGUGAAUGACUGGUCAUUGCGCAAGGGAGAUCCGCCACUCAUCCAGUCUGCUCGCCUGGGUGAGUCUACCACUGUCCACAGGCUUGUGGAAGAAACCAAGGACUCCAUCGUUGUGGAAUGUGAUCUGGGCCGCGAGGAUUUGAGUCCUAUUGUUCAAGGUCAUAAUGUUGAUGGAAUUCCUCUCUGCACUCCGUCGGUUUAUGCGGACAUUGCUCUGACAGUCGGCAACUACCUUCGCGACCGCCACCAGGUCGCUGAUGCCGAAUCUGUUGUUGAGAUUGCAGAUAUGACUAUUCACAAGGCCCUCAUUGCGAAGCCCAGUGGCACACAGCUCCUCCGUGCAUCGACCACUGUUGACUGGGAGGCCGGCAGCGCCAUGUGUCGAUUCCUCUCUCUGGAUGGAGAGCCCACAAUCGAGCACUCGCAUUGCACCAUUCUUCUUGCGAGCCCCAGUCGUCGUGCCGCACUCGAGGCCGAAAGAAAUGCUAUUCAGAAGCGAAUGCAGGAGAUGCGCGCUGGCCUAGAGCCCGGCACUACUCAGCGAUUCAACCGCGCCAUGGUGUACAAGAUGAUUCGCCCUCUAGCAGAGUUCCACCAGGACUACCGUACCAUUGAAGAGGUGCUCAUCAACAGUCAUACUCUUGAGGCUUCUGGUAAAGUCUGCUUCUCCGAAGUACAAGCCCCUGGAAAGUUCCAUACUCAUCCAUCUUAUCUCGAUGGUUUGGCUCAAUCCAGUGGGUUUGUGAUGAAUUGCAACGAUGAAGCCGAUCUGGACAAGGAGGUCUUCGUUAAUCAUGGAUGGAAGGGUCUGCAAUUGUACGAGCCCUUGCGACCGGACGCACAUUACACCACUUUCGUGAAAAUGGUUGAAGGAGAGAGUCGCAUGUAUGAAGGUGACAUGAUCGUUCUCGAUGGAGACACGGUUGUUGCGACCUAUAAUGGCCUGGUGUCCCAAGGAGUUCCACGCCAUGUUUUGCGAUAUGUGCUAUCCAUGGAGAGCGGCGACAAAGCCCUCAUCGCUUCCGCGAAACAGGCUCUUGUGCGGUCUGCAAAGCAGACACCAAAGCCCGCAGCAGCCGUUGCAGUUGCAGCAGCCCCAGUGUCCAUGAAGCGUGCUGAAGAGGUUCCUGCUUCAGUGCCAGUGUCGAUUCCGGUUGUGAAAAAUAGCUCAUCCUCUCUUGUGGCCUCUGCGCUUAAGAUUAUUUCGGAGGAGAGCGGAGUCGCGCUGGCGGAGCUAGAGGAUGCCUGUGUCUUCGCGGAUAUGGGCCUCGAUUCUCUUCUUUCCCUGGUCAUCACCAGUCGUUUCCGGGAGGAAUUGCCUGUCGAUGUGCCUGUCGAGGGAUUCUUCGUCACCUACCCGACCGUUGCUGAGUUGCGAACCUACCUUGGCCAGCAUGAAAGCAGCCAAGCUCCGCAAUCAACCGUCCUCCCUGUUGUGGUGGCCCCUGUCCCUGCUAUGACCAUUGCCCUUCCACAGGCUGUGGUCCCUCAGGCUUCGAGCUCUGUCAAUUGGACAACCGCGCUUUCCAUUAUUUCUGAAGAGAGUGGAAUCAGUAUUGCCGAGCUUACGGAUGACUGUGUCUUUGCGGAUAUGGGAAUUGACUCGCUGUUGUCGCUUGUCAUCGUCAGUCGAUUCUCGGAGGAACUAGAGAUGGACAUUGCACUCGAGUCCAUCUUUACUGACUACCCGACCGUGGGCGAGAUCAAGGUUCUGUUCUUGUCAGACCAGCCCAGUAGCGAUGAAACUUCUUCGUCGCCGAGCUCUAUCGACGGCAAUAAUGCCACUCCAUCCUCAGAGACAUCAGGCUUCUUCCAGGAGGAUGAGAGCAUCCAGAAGCCCACCCGCGCCCCGGUACCACAGACCACCUCCGUCGUCUUGCAAGGAUCGCCCUCCAAGACUGACAAGACACUUUUCCUCUUCCCUGAUGGCGCUGGCUCCGCCACAUCAUACGCAGGAAUCCCUCGCGUGGACUCUACUGUGUGCGUCGUGGGUCUUAACUCCCCCUACCACCGCCAACCCCAUCUCUUCGACUGCACAGUCGACGAUUUGAUCAAGAGUUAUAUCGUUGAGAUCCGUCGCCGCCAACCCACUGGCCCCUAUUACUUCGGUGGCUGGUCCGCGGGCGGAAUUCUCGCCUACCGCGCCACGCAGAUGAUGAUGGAAGAGUUCCACGAAACGGUCGCCAGUCUAGUCCUCAUUGACAGCCCCGUUCCUCAUGGCCUCGACCGCCUCCCCCAGCACUUCUACGACUACUGCAAUAAAGUGCAUCUAUUCGGAGGCCACGAUGGCAAGACAGCCAAGGCACCGGAGUGGCUGGUUCCCCACUUCAAUGCCACCAUCGACACGCUGCACGAAUACCACGCAUCUCCACUCCUGCAGCUGGAUGGACAAACCCCGCGCGUGUCGAUGAUUUGGGCUUGCGAUAGCGUGAUGGAUGGCGCGGAUAUUCCACGACCACCAUCUUGUCCUGAAGAUACGGAGGGGAUGAAAUUCCUCACCGAGGCUCGCACUGACUUCUCGGAUAAUGGCUGGGGAGUUCUGUUCCCGAGCUCGGCGCCGCGCAUUGAGCGGGCGCAUGGGGCGAACCAUUUCACGAUGAUGAGGGGAGAGUUUGCGCCGAAGCUUGCUUCUUUCAUUCGCGAGUCUUUGUGA